GUGUGUGAUGCGGCGGCUGCGUUGUGGUAGCCACGAAUCGUUGCUAAGCGCUGGCUGUGUGUCGUCUCUGGAGCUCAGGAUGGACCAAUCGGUGAUCAUCAAACCAGUUCACUCCUCCCUGCUGGGACAGGACUACUGCUUCGAGGUAACGACCUCGACAGGCACCAAGUGUUUCUCGUGUCGUUCGGCAGCAGAGAGAGAUAAAUGGAUGGAGAACCUGCGACGAGCCGUUCAUCCCAACAAAGACAACAGCAGGAGGCUGGAGAAUGUCCUGACAGUGUGGGUCAUCGAGGCCAAAGACCUGCCUGCGAAGAAAAGGUACUUCUGUGAGCUGUGUCUGGAUGACAGUCUUUAUGCUCGGACGUCAUGUAAACUGAAGACUGACAACAUAUUUUGGGGAGAGCGUUUCGACUUCAGCAGUCUGCCCUCCAUCAGCGCCGUCACCCUCCAUCUCUACAAAGACACUGACAGGAAGAGGAAGAAGGACAAGAGCAGUUACGUCGGGUUGGUCAACAUCCCUGUCGCCACGGUUACCAGCAGACAGCUGGUGGAGAAGUGGUACUCAGUGAGUACUCCUAGUACAAGUCGGGGUAAGUCCUCUGCGCCGACAGUGCGUAUCAAAGCUCGGUAUCAGAGUAUCGUCAUUCUACCGAUGGAGCAGUACAAAGAGUUUGCGGAGUACAUCAGCUCCAACUACCUGCUGCUUUGUAACACACUGGAAGCCUCCAUCAGUCUGAGAGCUAAAGAGGAGCUGGCUGCUGCGCUCGUCCACAUCCUGCACAGCACCGGGAAAGCAAAGGACUUCCUGACAGACUUGAUGAUGUCGGAGGUGGACCGUUGCCGUGACAACGACCAGCUGAUCUUCAGAGAGAACACGCUGGCGACGAAAAGCAUCGAAGAAUACCUGAAGCUGAUUGGACAGAAGUACCUGCAAGAUGCCCUUGGUGAGUUCAUUAAAGCUCUGUACGAGUCCGAUGAGAACUGUGAGGUCGACCCAUCUCGCUGUUCGACCUCAGACCUCGCAGAGCAUCAGGCCAACCUGAGGAUGUGCUGCGAACUCGCCUUCUGCAAGAUCCUCGACUCAUACAGGGUCUUCCCCCGGGAGCUGAAGGAGGUGUUUGCGUCAUGGCGACAGGAGUGCGGUAACCGAGGGCGACCCGAUAUCAGUGAGCGUCUCAUCAGCGCCUCGUUGUUCCUCCGCUUCCUGUGUCCGGCUGUGAUGUCACCGUCGCUAUUCGACCUUAUGCAAGAAUACCCUGACGAGCGCACGGCGAGAACUUUAACCCUCAUCGCCAAAGUCAUCCAGAACCUCGCCAACUUCAGCAAGUUCGGCACUAAAGAGGAGUACAUGCUUUUUAUGAAUGACUUUGUGGAGCGGCAGUGGAGCAGCAUGCAGCGUUUCCUGCAGGAGAUCUCGAACCCAGACGGACUGAACCACACCGCCGGCUUCGACGGAUACAUCGACCUCGGCAGAGAGCUGUCCAGUCUGCACGCCCUGCUGACCGAGCUCGACCAGUCGUCUCUGUCGAAGCUCAGUCCUCUUCCUCGGAUCCUCAGAGACGUGUCGGGAGCGCUGGCUAACCCGGGGGGCGUGGCCAACGCGGGGGGCGUGUCUGUUUCAUCUCCAGAGCCUCAGCGGGUGGCGUCUCCGCCCCCACUGUCCCCGCCCCCUCUGUCCCCUCCGCUCUCCCCCCCCCUGGCCACCUGUAAUCCCUCCAUCGGCCUGCAGGGCGUCGUUGGACUGGAUGGAGGUUUGGUGGAUUUUACCAGACUUCCGUCUCCGACUCCAGAAAACAAAGAUUUGUUUUUCGUCACCAAAGGAUCCAGUCUGCAGCCUGCAUCAGGCCUGCAGGGCUCUCCGGCUCCGAGCUCUUCCUACUCGGAGCCCAAUGAGAAUGAGGCGGGGUUUGAAGUGUCCAAUGGGGGCAGGAGGGAGGGGCUGGAGUUGACCAAUGAGAGCCGCAGCCUGUCUCUGGUCGACCUGCAGGACUCCUCGCCUAGCGACGGCCUCGACGACAGCCAGUGGCAGCGCAGGACGGGGCUCCUCCCCCUUUCCUUCCAGAACCCAGUGUAUCACAUGACCACCACGUCCUCCCGGCAACCACAGCAGCAGAUGGAUGCCACACCCUCAGACGGCUCGGUGGGGUCACAGGGAAACACCGAUGACAGAAUCGCCAUGGCAACCAAGCCGGCGUUUCUUACCCAAAUGUCCGUGGGGCUGGGAGGGGGAGAGAGGGGUGAGAGGGGGGAUAGGACGUCGGCCUUGUCGAGUAGCAGCAGUGGAGAAGAAUACUCGAGACGAGCUCUCUCUCUGACCGAGACUCUGACAGGUAGCUCGGCCCCCCCCCGUCAAAACUCCUCAGGUCCUCAGAGACGCAUUGACCAGCCUCCUCCCCCAAACUCCGCUCCCCCAGGACCUCCACGAGGCCGGACACCCCCCAGCAUGCUAGGUGGCGGUGGCGGGGGCUCUGCCUACCCUCCUCGCCCUGCCUCCGGCAGUAUGAUGUCAUCGAGCCCCGAUUGGCCGAGCAGCGGCCAGUCACGCCUCAGACAGACGUCAUCAUCGUCUAAGGGAGACAGCCCUGAGAAACAACGUCCUGCUGCCAAGGCUCCCUCUCCCUGUGCAUUGGAUCGUACUGCGGCCUGGCUACUCAACAUGAACUCUGCCUCCUCCUACGGCGAGACGGAAGAAGAUCGUCAUGACGACACCCUCAUCGAGAAAUACCAGCAGGAGAUUGCAUUGCUGCAGGAGAAGUUGCGAGUUGCAGCGCUGCGUCAGGAGGAGUGUGAAGCUCGUCUGAUGGUCCAAGAUCAGCAGAACCAACGCAUGCUGCAGGAGUACCAGGCUCGGUUGGAGGACACAGAGAGCCGACUGAGGAGGCUUCAGGACGACAAAGACCUCCAGAUGAACAGCAUCAUCAGCAGGUUGAUGGCAGUGGAGGAGGAGUUGAAGAAGGAUCACUCUGACAUGCAGGCUGUGGUAGACUCCAAACAGAAGAUCAUAGAAGCCCAGGAGAAGAGGAUAGCAAGUCUUGAUGCAGCGAACACUCGCUUGAUGGCGGCUCUGACUCAACUGAAGGAGCGGUAUGCUGUGACGUCACAGAGGAACGGUCUGUCUCCUAGCAACACAUCGUCCCUGCAGAUCACUGAAAACGGAGAGUUCCGCAACUCGGGCAACUGCUGA